AAACAUCGUCAGCUGGUUUGAUAGAUAAAAGUAAUAAUCUUGUGUUCAAAGAAAAAAAAAACAUAAAAUUGCUGCCCCACCAUGCCAGGCGCAAGGCAUAAAAUUCUGGGACAUGUUCUCUCGGGGUUCUGUCAUAAAAUGAACCGACGUAAGCCUAUAUAUGGCGACUCCUUGGAUACUCCACUUAACCGUUGUCUCACAACUUUUGACAUCACUUUAUUAGGUGUAGGUCAUAUGGUUGGAGCUGGUAUUUAUGUGUUAACGGGAGCAGUAGCCCGCAAUAUGGCGGGACCAGCAACGGCUCUAAGUUUCCUCUUAGCUGGUAUUACUUCUACGCUAGCUGCUUUGUGCUAUGCUGAAUUCGGGACUAGAAUACCAAGGGCUGGAAGUGCGUAUGCUUAUACUUAUGUCAGCAUUGGUGAAUUUUGGGCGUUUAUUAUUGGUUGGAAUAUUGUACUAGAAUAUAUGAUAGGUGCUGCAUCGGUUGCCAGAGCUUGGUCGGGAUAUUUAGAUGCAAUGCUAGAUGGUGCAAUUAGCAAUGCAACAAUAGCAGUAACAGGCGAUCUACAUGAGACACUUCUGAGUAGAUAUCCUGAUGUGUUAGCUUUUCUUAUUUGUAUUGUAGCGUCUUUAAUAUUAGCAGUGGGCGUCAAAACCUCAGCUUAUAUUAACAAUGGACUUACAAUUCUAAAUCUUAUAGUAAUUUCACUGGUAAUAUUUCUAGGAUUCUAUUAUGCUGACCUCAGUAACUGGUCUGAAAAGAACGGUGGCUUUAUGCCAUUUGGUUUUAGUGGAGUUCUCGCUGGUGCAGCUACUUGUUUUUAUGCAUUCGUUGGUUUUGAUAGCAUAUCUGCCUCUAGUGAAGAAGCAAAGGACCCUACACGAUCCAUUCCUAUAGCGACUAUCUUGUCGAUGGCCAUGGUAGCUUUUGGUUAUAUUCUUGUUGCGAUAGCUUUAACUUUGAUGGUGCCUUAUACCAGUAUAAAUCCUGAUGCUGCUUUACCUGCAGCUUUAGGUGCUGUACAUGCAGACUGGGCAAAAUAUGCAGUAGCGGUUGGUGCAGUUUGCGGAAUGACUACAACUUUGUUAGGUUCUUUAUUCUCUUUACCCCGUUGCUUAUAUGCUAUGUCAGCUGACGGACUUUUGUUCGGUUUUCUUAGCGACGUUAAUAAUAAAUCACAAAUUCCUAUUUCAAAUCUUAUAAUAUCUGGGUUAUCAUCAGCUUUUAUUGCAUUAUUAUUCGAUUUAGAGAAACUAGUAGAGUUUAUGUCGAUUGGCACAUUGUUGGCAUAUACGAUCGUCAGCGCAGCCGUUAUUAUUCUGCGUUAUCGGCCAGCGCCACCUUCGGAAGACAAGAUCUUCGGUUCUCCUCAUUUGGAUUCACCUAUAGACAGAGAAGAUAGCUCUGCUACGGGUACUCCAGGAACUGACGGUGGAUCUUCUUCUUCGGAGAUGUUCGAAGCACUGACGGUAGGUCGCCUACGCCCACAGUAUGCUUGGCUAGAGCCACUGGCGGGGGGACGUGCGCCCGGUAGUGCGGUCACCAGCUGCGUGUAUAUCUUUACCGUUGCCGCCGCAGCGCUCUGUGCGCAUAACCACUUCCUAGCGGAGCCUGCUGGCCUGUGGGCACUGUUGCCGGACUUUGUGCUAAGUUUCAUUAUUAUUGCUUGUUUGGUUGUAAUAUGGGCCCAUCAACAAAGUCCUGCACGUUUACCAUUUCGAGUGCCAUGGGUGCCUUUACUGCCGGCUGCUAGCGUCAUGUUGAACGUAGAACUAAUGAUCAACCUCAAUGCACUUACUUGGGCACGUUUCGCUAUUUGGAUGACAUUUGGUUUGCUCCUAUAUUUCCUGUACGGGAUCCAUCACACCAAGCUAGGAGAGGGUGUUACAGGCUUGCUAUCUCGCUCUGGCAGUGGGACAGCCCAUAGCUGGGGCUCCGUCGAUAAAACUAGUUCUUUAGCGAGACGGGUGGGACGCUUGGGUCGCGGUGGUAAGAGUGAUGAUCGUAAACCAAUCAUAUGCGAUGACGAGCUCGCCAGACGGGAACCGUGAUUUUAAAUAUAAGUUAUUUUCCCAAAGUUUAUUAACUUUUAUGUUUAAACUAUUUAAUGAGUUAACAUGUCUAAGUAUUUUAAGUUAGAAGCUAUGGGAACGGGACUUUUGAUUUUAAUUGGAGGUUUGUAUACAAAUUUGCAACUGGAAAUAAAUUAGUAGGUAUCUACACCUUAAUUGAGUUAUUGUUCAAAUAUUUGUAAUGGUAAAACUUGGCAAACGCCAAAGCACUAUGCCCAAAGUGCGAGUGAUUGAGUCGAAUAAAUUGCACCGAAAAAAUCAAAAUUUUGUUUGUUUUUAUAAUUGUUCAAACGGAAACUUACUUAGGAAGCAGUUGAAGCAGUAAAGAACUACUUAAAAGAAAAACUUGUAUGUAUUUAUAUCUAAUAGAAGCUUGUUCAGGUAAAAAAACGUAAAAUGUCCAAACAAAGCCCGCACUGCGAUAUCAGACCGUACUAUUUUUAUUUCCGGUUAAAAUGGGUUAUCGAUUUCGGUUUAAAUCCACACCGCAUCCGUGACAGUAUGAAAUCACAAAAUUGUUAAUCCUUCAAUUUCAAUUGCGAAUGUUAGAAGAAUAUACACGUGCGAUUACAAGAGUUACAAUAAUGCAAAAAUAAAACCACGUAAUUACCAUUUGCAGCCGGACUCUGUGCUUUUAACGAAUAUGAUUAUUAAUCAUUAUUGCUAUCUCAUUCGCUUAAUUGUCAUUAAACAAAAUAUUUAUUGGAUUUUUGGUAAAAAAAAGUAAAGAUGGUAAUUGGUAAGUGAGUGCAUAAACACUCUUGUUAGAUUAAUAUAUUGUUAAACAUAAUUGUUAUAUAACA